GGAGUAGCAUAAAGAAGGAAUUUCGGGUAGCUAGCUAUAAAGUGGUUUCACAACCAUAGAGAAUUGUAGAGGCCUCUAGUGGCCAAAAGACGUUUGAGUACGGGCAGCGCCAUUUAGGGCUUCCACCAUUUUAAUGUAGUUAACCGGGUGAGACUUUCAACUUCAUUCCCUCUUGGUGGGGUCAUCAGGAGGGAUCAGCUAAUCGUGAAGAAGAAAAUGUACUACUUUAAAAUGGAGAUUGUCAGCGCCAUUGAGGCAAUGAUUUCACAGACGCUAUAAAGUCAGAUACAAAAAGGAGUCCUCUAUCUAUCUCUAUGUUCACAACAGCAGGCAUAGUUGCACACCAGCUGUGUCGGCCUCUGAACAAUGGUUGUUUCACAUAACAAAAUGCGCGAAUCGCAGGUUGUAAGCUCUCAGAGGAUCCAGUCAGUUAACACCAAUGCAGAGCGUACCCUGGAGGGCUUCAAGGCCCAUGCAGUCUUCCAGGAGAUCAACAAGAAGCUGGAGGAGGAUGGGGAGUCAUUUGUGAAGAAGAUUGGAGGGGUGUUUUCCUUUAAGGUGAAGGAUGGUCCGGAUGGUCAGGAAGCGACCUGGAUAGUGGACGUGAAGAAUGGCAAGGGUUGCGUUCACAAUGACACAGCAAAGAAAGCAGACUGCACCAUUUCCAUGUCAGAUGCAGACCUGCUGGCCUUGAUGACGGGGAAAAUGAACCCACAGACAGCGUUCUUCCAGGGCAAGCUGAAGAUCACAGGGAACAUGGGAAUGGCCAUGAAGCUCCAGAGUCUGCAGCUCCAGCCAGGCAAAGCCAAGCUGUGAGGUAGAACCUGGGGUGAGGCAGAGGUUACCGCCCUAGUGCUGGUCUAGGAUCAGUGCUUCAUAUCACAAUCCUAACCUUAACCACUAGGGGUUACAACAACAAACCUGGUCCAAGACCUGCACUAAGGGGUAACUUCUACAUUUUCUGUAGCUCAACAGCAGCCCCCACCAUCCAACUAGUAGUGUGAGGAGGGGGGGGGGGGCGCACUGUAGGAAGAAACGAUGGUAGUAGAGAUGGAAUGAUGGAUGAAAUACUGUUUUCAACAUCUACCUCUCUUUCUCUAACCCCCUCUGUCUUUUUCUAAUAUAUUAAGGACCAGAACACAUUAGACUACAGAUAUACCAUAGGGGUGUAGUCUACUCUCUCCAACUGUGUAAUUUUAUAUUUAUUCAAACUGAUUUAUUAUGACUCACAGAAUAUGUUUGUAUGAUGUCAUUAAUUGAAUCAUGUCCCUCCUGCGAUUUCUGACCUUUUUCCUCUUAAGUUUCAUGUGUGUAUUGGUAAUGGAAAUACAAUUGCUCUUGACAAUUGGGACAGGAUGAAUCAUGUCUUGUAUGGUCUCAGAGCUGUGCAACACAGUCAUUUCUCCCUAUUUAGCCUUUGAGAGAUGAAUGGAUAAAACAGUGAAGUGCCUCUCAGGUGUGGAAUAUUCCCUGUUGUCAUGAACAAGUGUAAAAACAUUGAUACUGUCUCGUAAUAUCAGCUUCAUAAUAUCUAAAACAGGACUGAAUGGCUGGACCACUGAAUGUUACAUUUACAUUUGAGUCAUUUAGCAGACACUCUUAUCCAGAGCGACUUACAGUAAGUAGUGAGUGCAUACAUUUCCCUACUGUGUUACUUUCAGCCAUGUUGUUAUGACUCUGACCAUCUGACCCACUGAUGAUGCUAAAGUGAUUUCUACUAAAUAAACUCUCUUACUAAUAAACACUGAAAUAGG